UAGAGUUGGGGGACUGCAAAGAAAAUAACCCAAUCUACACUACACACCAAUAUUCUCCCCCGUCUUGAGAAAGCGGGAAAAAUAAAAACCCUUUCCGACGUGCGAAGGAAAAACCUCGAUUCACCUAGCAGCAAUGGCGCCGUUGCAGAGCUCCCAGCCAUGGGUUGAGAAAUAUCGGCCAAAGCAAGUGAAGGACGUUGCUCACCAAGACGAAGUCGUUAGGGUUCUCACUAACACACUUGAGACAACGAAUUGUCCGCACAUGCUAUUUUACGGGCCUCCGGGUACCGGAAAAACAACGACAGCUCUUGCAAUUGCUCAUCAGCUUUAUGGGCCUGAGUUAUACAAGUCUAGAGUACUAGAGCUGAAUGCUAGUGAUGAUCGUGGUAUCAAUGUUGUUCGCACAAAAAUUAAAAACUUUGCCGCAGUUGCUGUCGGUUCUGCUCGACACGGUGGUUAUCCGUGCCCACCUUAUAAGAUCAUAAUUCUCGAUGAGGCAGAUUCGAUGACCGAAGAUGCUCAGAAUGCCUUGCGGCGUACGAUGGAGACGUAUUCUAAAGUUACAAGAUUCUUCUUCAUAUGUAACUAUAUCAGCAGAAUUAUAGAACCCCUUGCAUCUAGGUGUGCUAAAUUCAGAUUCAAGCCACUUACAGAAGAAAUCAUGAACAAUCGUAUUUUAUAUAUUUGCAACGAGGAAGGUAUCAACUUGGAUUCAGAGGCUCUCACAACCUUAAGUUCUAUUUCUCAAGGUGAUUUGCGACGGGCUAUAACAUAUCUGCAAGGUGCUGCUCGCUUAUUUGGAUCUUCAAUUUCAUCCAAGGAUUUAAUUAGUGUGUCCGGUGUCAUCCCUGACGAUGUUGUGGAUGCACUUGUUUCUGCAUGCAAAAGUGGUAAUUUCGACAUGGCAGACAAGGAAGUCAAAAAUGUUAUAGCUGAAGGAUAUCCGGCUUCUCAAAUGCUUUCACAGUUGUAUGAUAUAAUUGUCGAGUCAGAUGAUAUUUCGGACAACCAGAAAGCAAGAAUAUGCAAGAAAUUCGCAGAGGCGGAUAAGUGUCUUAUUGAUGGAGCAGAUGAAUACUUGCAGCUAUUGGAUGCGUCUGGCAAUAUAAUACGCGCAAUUAGUAACAUGCCAUGAGAAUUUUCUUUUGGGAGUUGGACAUCCAGGUCCUUCAUUACCUUUUUUACCCGAUUUUGAGGAACAAUGAUUCAAAACUUUGUGCUCAAAAGAUCAGUUGGUUUCUUGAUUAAGCAUGAAUCUUUCUCUAUGUUCAAGCUUAUGUUAAUGUAUGGGGGGAUCGGUGUGGAGAAUAAUUAUGUUGUGUACGAUGAAAACGGUCUAAACUUUUGUGUAACCAUUAACAAGUCGUGUUUUCGUGCAAUUUUAUCCGUCGACAAGGUUCAUAAAUUGCAGUGCUAAGUUUUUAUUUGCAUCUUGAACUUUACUGACGAUUUUGUUGUGAGAAACAACAUGAACCGCAGUUGGAUAAUUCAUAAUAAGUUAAUUUAUGCACGUGGUGAACAUCUAUUGUUGA